CUUGGCCCGAACUAAAAGCCGCAAACCUCUCAUCUCUUCUCGCCAGGAAUGUCGAACGCGACUGAAGAUCUCCAUCGCAGGCUGACGCAAUUAUCGGAGUCGUUACUCGCCCAUCUCUCUACUACACCAUACGCGCCACCUGAAGGCUCAGCCGUCUCCGUGAAAUUCGUCCUCCAGUCUCUCCUACACAACCCUUCAUCCGGCGCCGGGGAAUCGCAGCUCCAGGAAUCAAUCAGGAAUUUUGUUCUGGCAUCGGCCUUGCUUUCCGCGUCCGAAUCCUCCACUCACGAGUUGCUCUCAUGGAUUCCCCGUCAGCUCGCUGCAGCUGCUGCCGCCUCUUUCCGCGAUCUCUCUGAUGUGUAUUGCCACGGCAAUGACAAGAGGUUGGUGGCGGAGUUAGCGCCGGAGGUUUUGCUGUUGUUGAAGGACAGGAUAAAGGAGAGUUCUAUCGAUAAAGGUACCGAUGGUGAUGAAGUCUCCGCCGCUUCGGCUAGGGUUCCGGUUGGAAUUGCUAUUCUGGCUGCUUAUCAGCUUAGAUGGUUUGUUACUCAGAUUGAUAAGUUGAACUUGGGGAAGCUCUGCAAUUUGGUGAUUCCAUGUGCAUUGACUGCUCUUGAUCAUUGGUCAACGGAGGUGAAGGGCCAAGGGAUGAUAUGUUUCAUUCAUCUAGGGAAGAACGUGAAUUCUGCCGAGUUUGGUGUUUACCAGGAUGUCAUUCUUGAUGCUUGCUGCAAUAACAUUGCAUCUGCUGAUGAAAUAUGGCAUCUUGUGGUGGAAAUGUCUGUGCUUCUGGUGUCGAGCAUCCACCAAAGUAAUCCAAGAAGCCAUUGGUAUGAGAGGAUACUAGGCGAGAUGCUUAGUCACCUGGAGCGUCAGCCAAGAAAUAAGGAACGCCGUGUUGCUUGGCUGACAUUCAUAGAACCACUCUUCCAAAGCAUGGGUCUUGUGUUAUUGGCUCAUUUCAGGAGGCUUUUCCCACUUUUCUUCAAGUGGAUACAUGCCGAUGAUGAUGAAACUGUCCUUCUGGUUCUGAAACGGGUUCAUACAGUCUUGAAGUUAACAUGGAUAAGAAAUACACCAUACAUCAUGAGAUUGGUGGAUGAGCUUGUUGCGUUGCACAAGGAAGCAGCAUUAAGAGUAGGCCGUGAAGAAAUUAGGACGAGUAUACUUGAGGUCCUGCUCUUACUGAAGCAAUGCAAGCGGCAGCAGUUCACGGCGGCCUGGGAAAUGCACAGGGAUGACUCAAAUCUAGCAGCUUUGUGUUUAUCUUUAACUGAAAUCUCCAUUGAUGAGGAGAGUUCCACCAGCAACACCUUGAGGAGUGACAGCCCACAAAACUGCCUGCAACUACUAACUACCCACUAAGUUGUUGGAGAAAUUCGAUGUGUCCUCCCACUAGACUUCAUGUAAAUACGAUCAUUCACCUUCUGUAGAUCGAAUGUACACGUACAGUAGAUAGAAAGCCAAGAGAUAUCAAGUUAAUAUCACUGGAACAGUGAACUCCUGAGUAAGUCUUUCAUCAUAAAUUUAAUCAAUAUGACAAAUGUUAAUAACAAACUCUGAAUGUAUGAGGGGGACGAUUGAAUUCUACAAUCUUUCCUAAAAGAAUAUAAAGUAAAAAAGAGUAAAUGAUAUUCUUCCUCUACAAAACCCAGGCAGGGAGUAAUAGAGAGAUAACUGAUCAAAGUCUCUUAUUGAGCCCUUUGUUUUCUACUAUUCUUUUCUUUUUUAACUUUCAUUUUUCAUCUGGCUAAUCAUCCUGCAGCUGUUGCUGAUACAAAGUGGAAAACCCUA